AGCCGCUACUCGACGCCCACACUGCCAUUUGCUCCGCUUCCGCCCGCAAUCGAUCUUGUCCUUCUCCAAGGUCAACAUUUUCAGCUCCCGAAUCCGUCCUCGCUCUGUUAUCCUCAUCCGCACGCGUCUCCAUUCAGUGUUUUCCGAUCCAUCCCUCGCCCCGCUGUCUUCCCCUCGCUAACCCUUCUAUUUAAGCGGCCAGAGGGCGGGCGCUGGGCAGUGCCGCGGCGGUGAAGGAUGGCGCGAGGUGUAGAGGGCAAGAUGCGCCUGGGACUCGGGGUAAUGCUUUCGGUGGUUCUGGCCGCUGGACUGGCGGGUUUCUGUCAGGGAGGAGUCACGAGUUCUUUCGUUAGGAAGGCCGAGAAGACCGCGGAUAUGCCAAUCGAUAGCGAUGUCUUCGCCGUCCCGCCCGGCUACAACGCGCCCCAGCAGGUGCAUAUUACCCAAGGGAAUCAUGAAGGCUCGGCGAUGAUCAUCUCAUGGGUGACCGAGGACGAACCCGGCUCCAGUGAUGUUCUCUAUGGGACUCACAAGGAUAAGCUGAACAAUUCUGCUACUGGAAAACACACUCGUUACUCAUUCUUCAACUACACCUCAGGGUACAUCCAUCAUUGCACUCUUCGCCGCUUGAAGCAUGAUACUACUUACUACUACGCUGUUGGGAUCUACCAUACUGUUCGAACAUUUUGGUUCACUACCCCACCAAAAGUUGGCCUAGAUGUUCCCUACACUUUUGGGCUUAUUGGCGAUCUUGGACAAAGCUAUGACUCAAACAUUACUCUGAGUCAUUAUGAAUCGAACCCAAAAGCACAGGCAGUGUUGUUUGUAGGCGAUCUUUCGUACGCUGAUACCUACCCGAACCAUGACAAUGCCAGAUGGGAUACAUGGGGCAGGUUUGUCGAGAGAAGCGCUGCCUAUCAGCCAUGGAUUUGGACAGCCGGAAACCAUGAGAUUGACUUUGCUCCUGAAAUUGGUGAAAUUCAGCCAUUUAAACCAUUCAGACAUCGAUAUCAUGUUCCUUACAAAGCUUCAGGCAGCACUGCCCCUUUCUGGUACUCGAUUAAACACGGUUUGGCAUACAUAAUUGUUUUGGCAUCCUAUUCUGCAUAUGGUAUGAAGCUAAGACGGUUGUUGUUUCAACGAAAUAUAGCGACAGAUGAUGAACUGCAACUGAAUCUUCUAAGUUUUACAGGAAAAUACACCCCUCAGUACAAGUGGCUCGAAGAAGAGCUACCGAAGGUAGAUAGAAGUGAGACACCAUGGUUGAUUGUCCUAAUGCACUCGCCAUGGUACAACAGCUACAACUAUCACUAUAUGGAAGGGGAAACCAUGAGAGUCAUGUAUGAGCCGUGGCUUGUGCAACACAAAGUCGAUGCUGUUUUCGCUGGCCAUGUUCAUGCUUACGAACGCAGUCAUAGGAUAUCAAAUAUAGCUUACAAUAUAGUGAAUGGCAAAUGCCAACCAGUGAAGGAUGAAUCUGCUCCUGUAUAUAUCACCAUUGGCGAUGGUGGAAAUCUUGAAGGCCUUGCAACCAAUAUGACAGAGCCACAACCGAGCUACUCAGCUUUCAGAGAAGCAAGCUUUGGCCACGCCAUCUUUGAGAUCAAGAAUCGAACGCAUGCCUACUACGCUUGGCAUCGAAAUCAGGAUGGUUAUUCGAGGGUUGCUGAUUCGAUGUGGUUCCACAACAGGUGCUGGAGAUCUCCAAAUGAGAACCAAUGUUGAUGUUCAACCUUCAUUGUAGCUAAUAAAUGCCUGCCUAAACGAUACACAGGCUAAUAACCUCGUGCGCGAACGAUACGAGAAGCCCCAGCUCGAAUGUGUACUACCAAUCAGUCUUCGUUUGUUCAUGAUUGUUGGUGAUGCAGUUUGCUGUAGAGUAUUCUUGUGUUAGUAUGUAAUCAUGUAUCUUCGAUAACAGUUGUUGCCCAUUUGCUCAAAUAAAAGUUGCACCAUCAAGUUUAAUGCGUC